UGGGUUCAGUUUCGAACGAACUCUUGGCCGCUGCGGACGUGUGUUGGAGCCCUCAUCUCGAAGGCGGAUUCGAUUCGUGUGUGUGAUGUGCGGUGUGCUGUGCAAUAUUUUGGAAACCAUGGGAUCUCAGCUGAGUGAAAAUUAAAGUGCGAACCAAAUGCUAAAUCGAACCACUGUGAUGAUAAUCGAUAUAAUGGAUAAUUAGGCCCAUGCCCUCAAAGUCAAUCCAAAUCCCAAGUUGUUAGUUUACUUAAUUAAUUUAACAAUACAAACGCGUCGUAAUCGACCGAUUUUCGUGCAACACAAUAGCGAACAAACGAAUAUACAACAAAUAUAAAGAAAUUGCUUGCAAUCAAUAUGAGUGUUCCAAGUGCGCCCCGUCAGAGGGCAGCAAGCAAAAAUCGAGAUACAUGUCCCAGCCAAAAACCCAAGCUCCGGCAUCAUUUGCCCGGGGCAGCUUACGGAGGAGCCCUGCUGUUGCUGCUGAUUAGUCUCGGUCUGGAUCUGGGAUCCGUCCAUUGUUAUGAGAAAAUGUAUAGUCAGACUGAGAAACAGCGGUACGAUGGCUGGUACAAUAACCUAGCACAUCCAGACUGGGGAUCCGUGGAUAGCCACCUGGUGCGAAAGGCACCGCCCUCCUACUCGGAUGGAGUCUACGCGAUGGCCGGUGCCAACCGACCCUCGACCCGCAGGCUCAGUCGACUGUUUAUGCGCGGAAAGGACGGACUGGGUUCGAAGUUCAACCGGACGGCACUGCUGGCCUUCUUUGGCCAAUUGGUGGCCAAUGAGAUUGUAAUGGCCUCGGAGUCUGGGUGUCCCAUCGAGAUGCAUCGCAUCGAGAUCGAGAAGUGCGAUGAGAUGUACGACCGAGAGUGCCGCGGCGACAAGUACAUACCCUUCCAUCGAGCAGCCUACGAUCGGGACACUGGACAGAGCCCGAAUGCCCCGAGGGAACAGAUAAAUCAAAUGACUGCUUGGAUUGAUGGCAGUUUCAUUUACAGCACCUCCGAGGCCUGGCUCAAUGCCAUGCGCUCCUUCCACAACGGCACUUUGCUCACCCAGAAGGACGGAAAGCUUCCGGUGCGAAACACCAUGCGUGUUCCGCUCUUUAACAAUCCGGUUCCGAGUGUCAUGAAGAUGCUCAGUCCGGAACGACUCUUUCUUCUUGGGGACCCUCGUACCAACCAGAAUCCUGCGAUCCUCUCCUUUGCCAUCCUUUUCCUUCGCUGGCACAAUACCCUGGCUCAGCGGAUCAAGCGGUUGCAUCCAGAUUGGAGCGAUGAGGAUAUUUAUCAGCGGGCGCGUCACACGGUGAUUGCCAGUCUGCAGAAUGUGAUAGUCUACGAGUAUUUGCCCGCUUUUCUGGGUACCUCUUUGCCUCCUUACGAUGGCUAUAAGCAGGACAUACAUCCUGGCAUUGGGCACAUCUUUCAGGCGGCUGCCUUUCGAUUUGGCCACACGAUGAUUCCACCGGGAAUUUACAGGCGAGAUGGUCAAUGUAACUUCAAGGAAACUCCCAUGGGUUACCCGGCCGUCAGACUUUGCUCUACUUGGUGGGAUUCAAGCGGAUUUUUCACAGACACCAGUGUGGAGGAGGUACUGAUGGGCCUGGCCUCGCAAAUAUCUGAACGUGAGGAUCCCGUUCUCUGCUCAGAUGUGCGGGACAAGCUCUUCGGACCCAUGGAAUUUACACGUCGUGAUCUCGGAGCUCUCAAUAUUAUGCGGGGUCGGGACAACGGUUUGCCGGAUUAUAAUACUGCGAGGGAAUCGUACGGACUGAAAAGGCACAAGACCUGGACGGACAUCAAUCCCCCAUUAUUCGAAACGCAACCAGAACUCUUGGACAUGCUCAAGGAGGCAUAUGAUAACCAGUUGGAUGAUGUGGAUGUGUAUGUCGGCGGUAUGCUGGAGUCCUACGGGCAACCGGGCGAGUUCUUCACGGCUGUGAUCAAGGAGCAGUUCCAGAGACUGCGGGACGCCGAUCGCUUCUGGUUUGAGAAUGAACGAAACGGCAUAUUCACGCCUGAAGAGAUAGCAGAGCUUAGGAAAAUUACGCUGUGGGACAUCAUAGUGAAUAGCACGGAUGUUAACGAGGACGAAAUCCAAAAGGAUGUGUUCAUGUGGCGCACUGGAGAUCCUUGUCCGCAGCCAAUGCAGCUUAAUGCCACCGAACUUGAGCCCUGCACCUAUUUGGAGGGCUACGACUACUUCUCUGGCUCGGAAUUGAUGUUCAUAUACGUGUGUGUCUUCCUUGGUUUUGUCCCCAUUCUUUGUGCCGGUGCUGGUUACUGUGUGGUCAAGCUGCAGAACAGCAAGCGCCGUCGUCUGAAGAUUCGUCAGGAGGCACUGAGAGCGCCACAGCACAAAGGAUCCGUGGAUAAGAUGCUGGCCAGGGAAUGGCUGCACGCCAACCACAAGCGACUGGUUACGGUCAAAUUUGGUCCGGAGGCCGCUAUUUACACAGUGGACAGAAAGGGCGAAAAACUGCGCACCUUCAGCCUGAAGCACAUUGACGUGGUCAGCGUGGAGGAGUCGGCCACGAAUCACAAAAAGAAGCCGUAUAUCCUGCUGCGUGUGCCCAGCGAUCAUGAUCUAGUUCUGGAGCUGGAAUCUUACGGGGCGCGCAGGAAGUUCGUGAAAAAGCUGGAAGAUUUUCUUCUGCUACAUAAGAAGGAGAUGACCCUAAUGGAGGUUAACAGGGACAUCAUGCUGGCCCGAGCAGAGACGCGAGAGCGGCGCCAGAAGCGGUUGGAGUACUUCUUCCGGGAAGCCUACGCCCUGACCUUCGGCUUGAGACCAGGCGAGCGGAGAAGGCGGUCGGAUGCCUCCAGUGACGGCGAGGUAAUGACAGUGAUGCGGACAAGUCUGUCCAAGGCUGAAUUUGCCGCCGCCCUGGGCAUGAAACCAAAUGAUAUGUUUGUGCGGAAAAUGUUCAACAUUGUGGACAAGGAUCAGGAUGGACGGAUCAGCUUCCAGGAGUUCCUCGAGACCGUAGUCCUAUUCUCCCGUGGAAAAACAGACGACAAGCUCCGUAUAAUCUUUGAUAUGUGUGAUAAUGAUCGGAAUGGGGUUAUCGACAAGGGAGAACUGAGCGAGAUGAUGCGAUCUCUGGUAGAGAUUGCUAGGACGACGAGUCUGGGAGACGAUCAGGUCACCGAGCUGAUCGAUGGCAUGUUCCAGGAUGUGGGACUCGAGCACAAGAACCACUUGACUUACCAGGACUUUAAGCUGAUGAUGAAGGAGUACAAGGGUGACUUCGUUGCCAUCGGUCUGGACUGCAAGGGAGCCAAGCAGAACUUCCUGGAUACAUCGACGAACGUGGCCCGAAUGACGUCCUUCAAUAUCGAACCGAUGCAGGACAAGCCACGCCACUGGCUGUUGGCCAAGUGGGAUGCCUACAUCACGUUUCUGGAGGAGAACAGGCAGAACAUAUUCUACUUGUUCCUCUUCUAUGUGGUCACCAUUGUCUUGUUUGUGGAGCGCUUCAUCCACUAUUCGUUCAUGGCGGAGCAUACAGAUCUGCGGCACAUCAUGGGUGUGGGCAUCGCCAUUACCAGGGGAUCCGCCGCCUCGCUAUCCUUCUGUUAUUCGCUGCUGUUGCUGACUAUGUCCAGGAAUCUGAUCACCAAGCUGAAGGAGUUUCCCAUCCAGCAGUAUAUUCCGCUGGACUCGCAUAUUCAGUUCCACAAGAUUGCGGCCUGCACAGCUCUCUUCUUUUCGGUACUGCACACGGUGGGUCACAUUGUGAACUUCUACCAUGUGUCCACGCAGUCCCAUGAAAACCUGCGCUGCCUGACCCGCGAAGUGCACUUCGCCUCGGACUACAAGCCGGACAUCACCUUCUGGCUUUUCCAGACGGUCACUGGAACCACAGGCGUCAUGCUCUUCAUUAUAAUGUGCAUAAUCUUUGUGUUUGCCCAUCCUACGAUCCGAAAGAAGGCCUAUAAUUUCUUCUGGAACAUGCACACCCUAUACAUUGGUUUGUAUCUUUUGAGUUUGAUUCAUGGAUUGGCCAGACUGACCGGUCCACCCCGUUUCUGGAUGUUCUUCUUGGGCCCGGGCAUUGUGUAUACGCUGGACAAGAUCGUUUCACUGCGCACCAAGUACAUGGCUCUGGAUGUUAUCGAUACAGAUCUUCUGCCCUCCGACGUGAUCAAGAUUAAGUUCUACCGUCCACCGAAUCUUAAAUACCUUUCCGGCCAGUGGGUAAGGUUGUCCUGCACCGCCUUCCGGCCACAUGAGAUGCACAGCUUUACGCUAACAUCGGCACCGCAUGAGAACUGCCUCAGUUGCCACAUCAAGGCCCAGGGCCCAUGGACAUGGAAGCUGCGCAACUACUUCGAUCCCUGCAACUACAAUCCAGAGGAUCAGCCUAAAAUCCGCAUAGAGGGACCGUUUGGAGGCGGCAACCAGGACUGGUACAAGUUCGAGGUGGCCGUGAUGGUGGGCGGCGGCAUCGGAGUCACUCCUUACGCCUCCAUUCUCAAUGAUCUGGUUUUCGGCACCAGUACCAACCGAUACUCGGGUGUGGCCUGCAAGAAGGUUUACUUCCUGUGGAUCUGCCCAUCCCACAAGCACUUUGAGUGGUUCAUCGAUGUCCUGCGCGACGUAGAGAAGAAGGAUGUGACCAAUGUGCUGGAGAUACACAUAUUCAUCACACAGUUCUUCCACAAGUUCGAUCUGCGAACGACAAUGCUGUACAUCUGUGAGAACCACUUCCAGCGACUCUCAAAGACCUCUAUAUUCACUGGUCUUAAGGCGGUCAACCAUUUCGGUCGCCCGGACAUGUCCAGCUUUUUGAAGUUUGUUCAAAAGAAGCACUCCUAUGUCUCCAAGAUAGGUGUCUUCUCGUGCGGUCCCCGUCCGCUGACCAAGAGCGUGAUGUCUGCCUGUGAUGAAGUUAACAAAACUCGCAAGCUGCCCUAUUUCAUUCACCACUUCGAGAACUUUGGAUAGAUCCGGGAGAGCCACCACACCCACUUUAACUCCUGCCAGCUUACCCUAUCGCCCUCCGUCUCUUAUUCAACGAAAUCUAAUUGUACUUUUAAGGUUCAUUCAUUAGUCUAAGCGAAUUCGGCUGCUCAAACGUACUUAAAUCGAUAUACCUUAAUCGUAGGCUAAUCGUACAAUCAUAAUUUAGUCAAGAUUUGUUUAGUGCAUUAUGGAAAUGUAUCCCAUUGUAACAAAAUCACCGCAACCGCAGCAAGAACAACAAAAAGGCCUCUAUGUAUGUAUAUGUGUAUUUAUUGAAAAUAUGAUUUGUUAUCAGUUUUUGUAAACCGUUCACAUUAUUUAUUAAAAAUUUACAAUUAUCUUUAUACGUAAAA